AUGUCUAGUACUAGCACUGGAACAUUGCCCGCUCUUACAGUCGAUACAGAUGUCGGCAUUAAUCAUAACCCCGCUUGUCCGUUAAUUCCAAACCAACCAUCAAUCAAUCCCAAAUUUGAAUCAACGAGGAGGAAAAAAAGAAGUCGAAUCACUGCAAAGCUAUCACGAUUAAAAUCCAAGAGUAUUUCUAGUAGUUCAAGUUCAGACGAACAAGGUAAAGUUUACACGCUUUUUACCGUUGCUCAUAAAUAUGAGUGUCUGUUAUUGUGGUCUUCACGUUGCUUUUUUUAUACUUUAGAGCCUACACCACCCGUGAAUCAGAACAUUCCGAUUAUAUAUAUAUCACCUGAAACUCCAAUAUCACAAAAUUCACUGACUAAUAUUAAUGUAUCGAUACCCAAACUUUCUAAAAAAUCAAAAUCAAAAGACAAGAUAAAAAAAACUUUUCGACGUUCAAGAAAAUCCCCAAAUGCAACUGAUGAUGAUUGUCUUAGUGAAGACCAUAAUCUAUUUCAAUCAUUAAAUAAAUUAUCCCGAACAAUUCCAGCCUCAGUAAAAUCAACUGCAUCGCCACGACGCAUUUUUCAUAGGCAACGAAAACAUAAAUCUAAAAAUAAACACAAUUUUAUCAAUCGACCAAAAUUGCGUAACAUCAUGAAUAAUAAACUUGGCGUGUUUCAAGUAAAUCAAGCAAAUAUCCCAACUUUACCGGUGGAUGGACUUUUAAUACAAAUGAACCUUGAAGCUAUACCCAAAUAUCAUGAUUAUCCACAUCUAUUUUUGUUUAAAGAUAUAACCAGCGUUGACAAGAUAGAAGAUCAGGAAUGGUGUAUCAAACAUUUUAAAACUCCUUUAGAUAAGUCGUCAAGCAAUGAAAGUUUGGAGCUUGAUGAUAUCGAGGGAGAUCAGUCGAGAUUUGAUGACAAUAGUAAUCAAGAAAAAAAUAAAAAAAUACAAGAUAUUAGAAGGCGUCAAUUAUUGGACAAGUUUCGUAAUAUCGAGUACAAAGAAAUUGGACCAGUUGAUAAUGUGGAUAUAAUGGACAAUAUUAAUUCUGAAUCAAAAAAUGAUAACGAUCUAGAAGCGAAACAAUUUGAGAUCAAAAUUAAUGAAAUAAGGUUCAUUUUGAGUGCUGCUCUUGUUGAAGAUAAAUCGCGGUUCCUAAAUAGUAUAAGAUUUUUCGCAACAGAUAAAGAGAGACCAAUUAGGGAUUUAUUGAAAUAUAAAGGUCACAUUGUUGAAACUUUUUCUGAUUCCGAAGGUGAAAGUGUAGAUAGUGAAGACGAUGAUGAUGUGAGGUGA